UAAGAAUGCCACGCCCCCUCUCUGUCCUGCAGAUGUGGACGAGUGUGCGAGCGCUGGGGCGUGCGACGACGAGCGAGAGUGCGUGAACACCGUCGGCUCGUUCAGGUGCAAUUGUCUGCCUGGGUAUCGAACCUCCGUCCUGGGGAGGCAGUGCAGAGAUAUUAACGAGUGUCUGGAGGGAGAUUUCUGUUUCUCCAGAGGCGAGUGUGUGAACACGCCUGGAUCCUACACGUGUGUGUGUUCUCAGGGAUUCACGCUGAGCGACAACAGGACGUCCUGCCUCGAUGUGGAUGAGUGUGAAAAGUCGGGUGUGUGUGUGGACGGCCGCUGUGUGAACACUGAGGGCUCCUUCUACUGUCAGUGUCAACCCGGCUUCACCACCAACCCUGAGAGGACCACCUGCCUCGAUGUUGACGAGUGUGUAGCGUCGGGGGGGUCGGUCUGCAGCUCGCAGCGUUGUGAAAACACCAUUGGUUCGUAUCGCUGCCUCGCUUCCUGUGAGCCAGGCUACCAGGUGUACCAGGGCGGGUGUGAAGAUAUUGACGAAUGUGCCAAUAGGACGGUGUGUGGGGACCACGCCUUCUGUCAGAACCUGAUCGGGACGUACCUGUGUGUGUGUGACCAGGGCUUCACCUCCACCGCAGACACAAAGUCCUGCGUCGAUGAGGACGAGUGUGUGUCUCUGGCCGGUGUGUGUGGUUCGGCUCGCUGUGAGAACGUGGAGGGAUCCUUCAUGUGUGAAUGUGACCACGGAGAGUUUGACAUGACGACGAGAAAGUGUGUCAGCACUGUACUUCCAG